GCUUUCUUUUCACGCUUUGCUCCUUCGGAACGACGGAUUAAUAUGAACAGCCUCAAAAUUAAACGAAAAUUAUUUGCAAUUAGAUCCUCGUAUUUAAAUGAAUUUCUGGUUUGACCUCUAAAAAACCUUUUACUGUACGUCACUAGCGAAGAGUUUUAAAAUCGUCCAAAACCACGCCUUUGAGUUAAAAUACCAAAGUCGUGUAAUCAGAGUAACGAUGGUUUUUCACGCUUUCAUUAUUUCUGUUUUCUCCGAUAUAUGUCAUCAUCACUGGUCUGUUUUCUAACCUAGUAUCAGAACAGAGUAAAGGACGGAGGAAAGCCUCAAACGCCGCCGUGUUUACUGCUUCCGCCGCUGUUAAUCGAGCCGUCAGCAAGUUUUCCGGUUAUAACAGUAGACAAGAGGGAAGAGCUCAGAAGCUCCAAAGUACGAUGCCUCGUACGACGACGUUAGAUACUCCCGGUUGUCCGCCGCUUCGAGCCUUGGCUUUUGAUAGUCUUGGUUUGAUUAAAGUCGUUGAAUGUAAAGGGGAGGAGAAAGGAGCUGCUAAGAUGGUGGAAAAAUGGGGACAACCUGAUGCUUCCAGCGCUGUGGUAGCUGCAUCCAUUUUGGACCGUGAAUUCAACCCUCUGUUGGCUGUCGCUAGGAAAAAUGGCUCAGUUGAUAUUCUAACUCCUGUAAAUGGAGCUAUUCAAGCUUCCAUCAGCAAUUUGAGUCAAACACAGGACAGUCCUCAGGAUAAUGCUAUUGUUGGCUUGCAUUUGUUCAAGAAGCCAUGGUCGGAAUCAUCAUUGAGGUCAUAUACCUUUCUUACAAGUACCAUCAAAGGGUGUGCCAGCAUCAGGAGUUUUGAACUUCCAGAAUCAAGAGCAGAAAUCGUCUCUGAUGUUACACAAACAACAUGGAGUACAAGUGGUUCUGGUGAAACGUUAUUCUUGAAAGUCGACGGAAGUGAAUGCUAUUCAUUAUUUGGAGGGAAGGGUGUUGAGGUUAAUGUGUGGGACCUUCUUACAAGUACAAAAAUUUGGACAGCUAAAUCUCCUGCUAAAAACAACCUUGGAAUAUUUACACCAACCUGGUUCACAUCUGCAUCUUUUUUAAGUAAAGAUGACCAUAGGAAAUUUGUGUCGGGCACACAUAACCACCAGGUGCGCCUUUAUGAUACUUCCGCACAAAGAAGGCCAGUUAUGUCAUUUGAUUUUCGGGACACCCCUAUUAAAGCAGUAUCUGGAGAUCUAGAUGGCCAAACAAUUUAUGUAGGCAAUGGUUCUGGAGACCUAGCUUCUUUUGACAUACGUACAGGGAAACUGUUGGGAAGCUUUGUGGGUAAAUGUGCUGGGAGUAUAAGAUCCAUAGUGAGGCACCCAGAGCUUCCCGUAUUGGCAUCAUGUGGACUAGACAGCUAUUUACGGUUUUGGGACAUAAACUCACGGCAACUUUUGUCCGCGGUUUUCUUGAAGCAGCCUCUUACUGAUGUUGUGUUUGAUUCUUAUUUUGGAAAUAAAGAAGUUGCUCCUGCUCUUGAUUUGCAACCUCAGUUGGAGUGUUUAAGUGAAAUAUCAGAUGGUGAGGAAGAUAUGGCACCACGUAAAAGGAAGAAGACAUCUAAAAAACACAAGGAAAGCAAAAAGCUGAAGUUGAGCAAAACGGGCAUGCAUGGGUCUGGAGACGUCAGUGAGAUUUUGGAUAGCAGUGAAGAAAACACGCUCCAAGAUACAAGGAAAAAAGCAUCCAAAGCUCACAAGAGAAGCGACAAGCUAAAAUCGAAGAGAACGAAGCAGUGAAAGAGGUUUCUUUUCACCUGAAAGAAAGGGGAAUGAUCUUUGCAUGCACCUUGCAUGACAGGUACCUUGUUACAACUUCUUUCCUGUAACUAAUAGUCUGAUGAAGACAGGGCCGCAUCAGGGUGAUUUUGGUUAAAGGAUCCCAAUGUGUAAAGCUUGGGAGUUGGGACUGAUAUUUACUUGAACAAACUGAUGAUGUCUUCAACCAACAUAUGAUCCUAAAUUUUGACUGUAGCUGAUUUUGCUUUAAGAUUGGAAAGAAUAUAAUAUAUUUGCUAGUGCAUUUAAUUGAUUGAUGAGAAAGACAACAAAUUUGGUGUCUUUUUAUCGGAAUAUCUUUAAUGUGUAACAAUUUGAUACUCCAUCUGGUUAAUAAAAUGUGAUGGGAUGUAUACUGUGGGUAAUCCAACAAAGUGGUCUGUAUAAGUAUUAAGAUGGGACAGAAAGAGUAUUAAUGUUUGGGAUUAACGGAACCAUUAGUAGAAAGUGGCUCUGUUUGAACAUUUUGUUGGGAUUAUUACCUCACAAGUCCUUGCCAGGUAAUAUUUUAUAAAGUGGAAGUGGAAAACUUGAAACCGUCUUCCUACUUGGCAUGCAAAUUGUUCAGUGUUGACAUUCAUUUUGUUGUUUACUGAACCUUUUGGUUGGCCAAAUGUCUUUUUGUUUUUAUUUUCUAGGAACAAAAAUCAUCUUGUAUACAAGUAUAUUGACAUUGUCACAAAGUGGGUUUUGUGAAUUUUCAUACCUUUUUCAUAAUUAGCCUUGUAGGUUUAGCGACAAACAAAAAAUGUAUAGGGUCUUAAAAUAAUCUGCUCCAUCUUAAAGUUGUUGCCAUCUGCAGAAUAAAACAGCUAGGAGGGCUAAAGGAAUCGUCAAGAGUCAAAAGAGCAUUAAGGAAAGUUCCUUGAUCCUUCAAAUGAUUUGAUGUUUUCUGCGAUCAAAGUAAAUGUAAGGGAUUUGGGGACCAUAGAAAGGAAGGCAUUCCCCCCAAGAGUUCAGUCCCCCCAAACACAAUCAUUGAAUCCCACACACAUUAGAAAUACUUGGAAUUAUUGGUUGUACGAUUAGCCUAAUGAAAUAUAUAGAUAUUCUCCUAAAAGAAUUUGAGAUCCUAACCAGAGUGGCAAAGUCCCUUAUAUGGUUUAACAAUGUAGAAUACUUAAACCAGUUUGGAGAGCACUUGGACCAAUUCCAAAGUGCAUUUCCAUCAAAAUGAAAAGCAUUGCUUAUUAAUGAUUUCGUACAGCGAACAUAUUUUUUUAUUAUUUUUGUGGCGGAUGGAUUUACAUACAUAGAAAAGAUUUUUUUUUUUUUUUUUUUAAAGAAAAACACAUAUAUAAGCAGCACAAUGUUUGAGCUUAUAAGCAGC